AUGAAGGACAAAAUGAGAGGGAGAUUAUUGGAAUCGAUUCUCGGCCUAGUAGAAUCGAUUCUCUAUGUCCCUGCAUGGAACAAGAACAAGCUCCACCUCAACUUCUUACCUACUCUGUUCUCUUUUUUGCACACCACUAGUUUUGGGCUUUUCUGGCCCACGAUUUCGAUACUCUACAGUAGCAACAAUGGGGAGCCACCACAGGAUUAG